GCCCGGCGGCCAGGCCGGGUAGCGGCGGGCCGGGGGCGCCGUUAGGUGCCGGGCUCGCCCCGCGGCGGCCGCCCGCUCGGCUGGGCCGUGCGGCAGCGGGCUGCGGCGGGCCCGGGCUCUGCGGCGGCCAUGGAGCGGCUCCCGGGCGGCCGGCGGCCUCGGCUGGUCUCGUCUCUGGGGCUGGGGCAGCGCGGCUGCGAGGUCACCUUAGACGAGGAGCGGGGGCGGCUGGCCUGGCGGCGCGGCGGCGAAAACUGUUUUGUACCAACCUCUGAGAUCAUUGCUGUAGAAGAAACUGAACCUAACAAGAAACACCAUAAUAUUGGCAAAUGGCAAAAAAUGGCAAAGCCACAUGCUUUCACAGUGUAUUACGUGAAGAAAGCCCGAAAUCACCGCUGGCGGUGCAGUGAUGUGACGUUUUGGUGUGUUGAUGAGCACUUGUGUAAUCAGUGGAUACAGGCACUGAAAGAAUUACUUGAAAUGCAGCAGUCUAGACCAAAGCAGUUGCUUGUGUAUAUUAAUCCGUAUGGAGGAAAACGGCAAGGGAAGAGUAUUUAUGAACAGAAAGUUGCUCCACUCUUCAGUCUGGCUUCUAUCUCCACUGAUGUUGUUAUAACUGAACAUGCUAACCAUGCAAAGGACAAUUUAUUUGAAGUUAAUAUUAAUAAAUAUGAUGGUGUUGUUUGUGUUGGUGGGGACGGCAUGUUCAGUGAAGUGAUGCAUGGUCUCAUUGGAAGAAUGCAGAAGGACUCUGGCAUAGACCAAAAUAAUCCCAAAGCAUCGUUAGUCCAGUGCAAUAUAAGGAUUGGCAUAAUUCCUGCUGGAUCAACAGAUUGCAUAUGCUAUUCAACUGUUGGCAUUUCCGAUCCAGUAACAUCAGCUCUUCAUAUUAUUGUAGGUGACUGUCAGCCUCUGGAUGUCUCUUCUGUACAUCAUAACAACACAUUUUUGAAGUACUCUGUAUCAUUGCUGGGUUAUGGUUUUUAUGGAGAUAUAUUAAAAGAUAGUGAAAAGAAGCGGUGGAUGGGUCCGAUGAGAUAUGACUACUCAGGCUUCAAGACUUUUCUUUCUCAUCAUUACUAUGAAGGAACAAUUUCUUUUCAACCAGCAAAACACACACUGGGAUCUCCACGAGAUAAAGAUAGCUGUAGAACAGGAUGUUACAUUUGCAAGAAAAGUGAGCAACAGCUGAUGGAACAGCACAAGGAAUGUGGAUUGAAACAUGAAGAACAUGAAGAAGAAUGGAAGGUUAUUAAAGGGAAAUUUCUAGCCAUCAAUGCAGUAAAUAUGAGCUGUGCCUGUCCACGAAGUCCAAAAGGUCUUUCACCAGCAGCUCAUUUGGCAGAUGGUUCAGCUGACCUCAUUCUAGUUCGUAAAUGCUCCAGAUUUGAUUUUCUGCGGUACCUUGUCAGACAUACAAACCAAGAUGAUCAGUUUGACUUCUCAUUUGUAGAUGUUUAUCGGGUGAAGAGUUUUCAGUUUACAUCAAAGCUUUCAGAAGACAACGAAAGCAAUGUCACAGACAUAGGAAAGAAACGUUUUGGCCAGUUCUGCAGAGAUCAUCCAGCAUGUUGUUGUAAUAUUGCUAAUAGCACCUGGAAUUGUGAUGGAGAAACUCUGGACAGUUCAGCAAUUCAAGUGAGGGUUCACUGCCAGUUAAUGAAACUAUUUGCAAGGGGAAUUGAGGAAAACUGCAAAGAUGAAGCUGCCUACAGCCAGAGUAGCGUUGAACAAUUACUAUAGACAUUGUUCCUUCCGUGGGGAGAAGAAAAAAUAAAAGCUCAAGAAAAUUGAGUAAAUAUGCAUUUUAGUCAAAUUGACAAGUAUUUCAAAAUUUUAGAUUUUUUUUUUCUUUAUGGCGUCAGUAUAAUUUUAGAUAUCUUACUGCAUUGUGUCAUUUUUUAAAAAACAUUGUAAUCAUUAAAAUAUAUCUUGGAGCAAUGUAAUCUAUGUUAGAAAAGAGAGAAUUGGCAUAUGUAUAUGUAUUCACAGUGACUGAUAAAUUCUUGGUGCUUUUCUAGAGAGCUAAUUUAGCAGUUGUGUUGCAAUAAUAUCUAAAUGUUAUAAAACAUUGGACUGUCCGUUGUCAUCAAACCAAGAUAUCAAGACAAGAUAUUUUCAGUGUCUGAGAAGGCAUUUUAUGCUGGGAGUGUUGCGUAGUUGCAUGUGGCUUAAAUUCUGGACAACAGUGUUGUCAUGCGCAUCUGUUUUUUUAGUAAAAUCUUUCAGUUUGUAAUUCUGACUAUAUCUUGCAACUUAUCAAUGCAAUUCAAGCACACAUUCCUGGCUUUAAGUAAUAACAAUAAGAGUUUAGAAAUACUUUGAAAAAUUAAAGCACAUCUGUAUACAGAUCAUACCUUAUCCUAUAUAUUCUAUUUAUAAAGGCUUCCUUGCAUGAUGCUUUUUGGGAUUAUAAAGGGUUUUAUGACUGUUUGGAUGAUACCAAAUACUACACACUGCAAAUGAAAUGUCUUGCAAGCAACUCACAGGGAUACUUACAUAAUACCCAGGAAGGAGCAGGCAAAGGAAAAUAUAAAUAUCUUCUGAAACACCAGCAAAUGUUAAUUUUUUUUUUAAAUAUCUAAAAUUAAUGUAUUAAAAGCUUCUCUCUUUGGUACACAAUUCUUUGAAGAUUCUACUACAUGUGUUAGAAUGUCUUUGCAAAAUAAGAUCUUGGAACGUUAAGUUUAAAAAUAUGAUUUGAUGAUUGAAAGUUUUUAAAAUCUUUAAGUAUGAAAAAAUACUUUGUUUUUUGAAGUCAAGGGAAGAAACUGGCAUCUGAUAAAUCUUGAAUUCACUGUGCUGAUUUGUUUUUAUAACAAAAAAAUAUUUGACUAUCAUAUAUAGCUAUGGAGUGAUUAUUUAAGUUGUGUAUGGAUUUGUGUAUUGUGUCGCAUACAUGUUCUGUGUGUAGAUUUGGGGCUAAAUUUUGCUCCUCUUGUACAGAUUUAUUCCUGUUUGAGGAUCAGAAGUUAGCCCCUGCUCUCUUCUAUCUUUUAUUAAGUGUAUAGUUCUUUUUAAAACUUACCGCAUCUGAGGGUUUUUUUGCAUCUGAACAGCUAACGAUUCUCUAUUCAUGUAUAUUUAUUGGCACUUCUGUUAUUCAGCUUGUAUUAAUUUCAUGUCUCAUGUAUUUGUUCUGUGUAAGCCAUGGUGAUUGGUCAUUUUAUUACUGAAGCACUUGAAAAUUGUUAUAAGUGGCAGAUUUUUUUUUUUCUGUUGAAGUUAUUUACAUUCCAGUUUUGUGUAAUAUUAAAAUGGUGGGCUAUAUCUUUGCUACAAAGUGUUAUUCAUACUGCUCUAAAUGACAAAAAAUCACUUGCAAAUGAUAUUUGCUUAAAGUACAGUCAUACAAAGUUUAAGAUCCGGGUUAUUUUAUAUAGUAUUUCAGGAAAAUACUUGAAUACUUUUCCAAAAGUACUGCUGUUUACUUUCCUUAUUAAUGCAAUGAGUUGAAAUGUUGAUUGAUCCAAUGUAUUUCAGACAUUUGUAACACAAGUGUUAUGUAUACUGUAUUUUUAAAGCCAUGUUUAAUAAGUGAAAUAGUACUUUUGAACUAAGAAUCCCAUUGAAAAUGAUACUGUGCAAUUCAUAGAACAAUAAGAUGGUUUGGGUUGGAAGAGACCAUAAAGAUCAUCUAGUUCCAACCCCCCUGCCAUCGACAGGGACACCUUCUGCUAGAUUACUAGUUAUGCAGAUGCAAAUAUUUUUUGAAAGUGUCCUUUUUUAAAAAAGUUCUAUGGUUAUUGUGGUCUAUCCAUAAAUACUGGGAGAGAACCCAGACUUUAAGUUACUGUAAUUCUUGUGCACGAUAUGAUGAUGCACACUCAGCUUACCAACAGAUGAGGAGGGCAUUUUUGAGGCAUUACAGCUAUCCAGAACAUAUUCUCAUAAAUGAGAACAGGAGUAAAUACUAACCAACUCUUUCUGUUAGUUCACUAGCAAGUCGUGACACCCUUAUUUGAAAAAUGGAGGCUUAAUCUCAUUGUGAAUAUAUAUCGAAAUGCUUUGAAUAUUUUUAAUAUCUGAAAGUGAGUGCUUGGUGUUUCCAAAGAGCCACAUUGAAGGUCGCCUUUCUGAGAAACAAGCUACCAGAAAGAAGGAGAAAAGAUUGUAGUAUGGUAAUGAAGUGUGAAGUAAAUAAUAAAGAUGUCGCAACGUAAUAAAAUGAAAAGGUCUUAGGUAAUAGAAAAACUGCAUAGUUACAUUUGAAUAAUUCUAUUUGUAGCAUAUUGUAGUAGCAAAGCACCAUAUGUGACUUGUAUGACAUGUUCAGUUUAUGUUUAAGAAGAGAGCUGUGUAAGUAAUGUCUGCUUACAUUUUAAUUCUAGGGGUUUUUUUUCUGUGAAUGUAGUCUCAGUAUGGAAAUUAUGUAUAAGAAAACCAAGUUCAAUUAUUUUAAUUUUUUUCCCCCCAAUCUUGCUGGCUUCAAGAUUAGAAAAUGUGUUCUAUGACGCUAGGGCAUUUCACUGAAAAAAUAAAAUUACGUCAUACAGCAA